CCCGGACACAUUGAAAAGCCGCCGGGACCCUGCCCGGGCCCUCCCUGAGCCGAGCCGGGGGUUCGCCCCGCUGAGCUCCGGAGGUUCCUCCUGUCCGGUGGCGCUGCCGGGGGCGAGCGGGGCGCCCGGGAGCGCGCCUCCUCGGCACCAACCCUCCAUUCCUUCCUUCGUCCUUCCCACCCGCCCGCUGCCGCUCCCGUCUCCUGCAGGGCAGGCCCGCAGGCGCGGCAGCCGCACAGCCCCCCGCCGCGGGCAGCGGGGGCCGCCGCACAGACCGGCCCGAGGCGGCGCCGUCCCCGGCGGGCCCGCAGGCUGAAGCCCGGUGUGGGACGGCCGGGGAGCCCCGCCUGCCGCCGGCGAGGCCGCGGCCCUGACAGCGCGGAGAGGCGGGAGGGGCGCGGCCGGUGCGGCGGAGGCGGAGGACAUGUUGUCUCCCCGGCGGAAAGGGCGCUGCGGUCGUUCCUCGCCGGCUCCCGAGAAAAGCCAGCGGUCGCCAGCGGCCCGGGAGCCCGGCGGUCCUGCUAUGGAGGAGGGCAGCGGCUUCCGCCUCUCGGCCGAGUGCCUGGACGAGCCGCCCAACAGCCGCGUCUUCGUGGUGCUGGGCAAGGACACCGGGGAGGCGCUGAUCCGGGAGCGCUUCUCCCCCUUCGGGGACAUCCAGAAUAUCUGGCUCCUGCGGGACAAGCGCACCAACGAGUCCCGCGGCAUCGCCUUCAUCAAGUUCGCCCGCAGCUCGCAGGCCUGCCGGGCCAUGGAGGAGAUGCACGGCCGUAGCCUGGUCCCCGACACUAAGCCCAUCAAGGUAUUUAUUGCACAGUCAAGAGCUUCUGGAAGCCACCGAGAUGUUGAAGACGAGGAGCUUACACGAAUCUUUGUUAUGAUACCAAAAUCCUAUACAGAGGAAGAUCUGCGAGAGAAGUUUAAGAUGUAUGGAGACAUUGAAUAUUGCAGCAUUAUUAAAAACAAGACUACUGGAGAAAGUAAAGGUUUGGGCUAUGUGAGGUAUUUAAAACCAUCUCAAGCUGCCCGAGCAAUUGAAGAAUGUGAUCGAAGCUACAGGGCCAUUUUGGCUGAACCUAAAAAUAAGUCAUCUGAGUCUUUUGAACAUGAUUUUUAUAGUAGCAACAUGAGGCAAGAACCAAGAGGAAAUACACUUCCAUUUUGUGGGCAGCCAGAGUUUUGUAGUUUUGAAAAAAAUGAGAGCAGAAUUCAAGAGUCAAUCUCCAAACGUCUCUCAGUGGUAUCACGGCUUCCCUUUGUCCAAGAGCAGCUGUUUGCCCUCUUUGAUCUAGUUCCAGGACUGGAAUAUUGUGAUGUUCAGCGAGAUCCUCAUACCAAUAGUGGGUACGCUGUGAUUCAGUACAGCACUGCUGCAUCAGCGAUAUAUGCCAAGUAUAAAUUACACGGUUUUGAGUAUCCUCCUGGAAAUCGAUUAACUGUCAUUUUCCUAGAAGAUGGGAGUGAUAGCUCAGACCUCAUCAGAAAAAUGGCAACACAGCUGGUAACAGCACAAGUGUCAUCAGUGUUGCGGAGUAACAAUACAAUUGUUCAGCAGUAUAGGACCCCUCCUGCAUUUGGAGGAACUUCUGGCUCCCAAUUACUUCAGCCCCAAACAGAUGCCAUACUUCCACCACACAAAAAAAAGGUUCCACCUGACACUUUGGUGAAGGAAAGGCUUUUCAUACUUUUUCAUCCCCAUCCUUUACCUGUAAAUGUAUUGGAGGAUGUGUUCUGUCGUUUUGGACACUUGAUAAAAGUUUACCUUGUGGCUGGAAAAAAUGUGGGCUAUGCAAAAUUUGCAGACAGAGCAAGUGCUAGUGAUGCCAUAACUGCGUUACAUGGCAAGAUUGUGAAUGGUGUCAGGCUUAAAGUAAGGUUGGCAGAUUCGCCUACAGAAGAGUCUAACAAACGUCAGAGAACUUACUGAGCAGAAACUAAAUAAUGACAUGACCCUCAGCUAACUGACUGACUGACUGAAAACGUGACUAGACAUGGUUACAUGGUUCCUGUGGACAGUGACAGCUUUUUUUUUUUUUUUUUUUAUUGUUACUUAGUUAGUCUUCUCUCUAUAUAUGGUACUUUCUGGUUUUGAAAAUGCAGACAUGCAGUUUUGAAAAGUAUCUAGGCAUUAAAAGUUGUAAACUGGUGGUUGUUCUUGUAGUAGUCUCUACUCUUGUAUUACAGAAGUCUCUCGUGCUUAAUUGAAUUCCUCCUCUAAGAUGGAAACUACAACGAUGGGGGAAAUGAAGGAGUCAGUAUUUUGUGGCUUGACUGGUUAAUUGAUAAUGGUUCAGAUUAUAACUGUUAAAAUAGAAGACAUUUCUCAUGAUCCAAAUUGCAUUGAAAACUGAAGUACAGCAGUAAAUUCGAAGAAAAUUAAAUAACUGUUUCAAAAACUGCUAGUAAACCUGACAGUAUUAAGCUAGGUUUAAGAGAAUAGCUGUAAUCAAGAAAAUGAUUCCAGUACAUGCUUAAAUAUUUUGUUGAUUUGGACCAAGAGUAUUCGUUAUGCUUUAUGUGCUGCUUCGUGAAAAGGACAUUUGACUGUGGGUCAGACUACCAGAGCUGCUUACAUUUAUCCUUUUGUAUCCUAAGGUUUUUGGUUAUAACUGUGGGGAAAGUAUGGAGUCUAGGGUGUGUUUUUGUUUUGAGGGAUUGGUGGGGAUUUUUUUGUUGUUCUUCUGUUUUUUGAGUGUUUUUAAGGAGCUUUCAAUGCAUAUGUUGUUUAAGUAAGAUUUGGACAAUUCAUCAUUUCAGCAGGAUGAAGAGGAUUUUAGCAUUGAUGAAGAGUAAAUGAAGAUUGUUCAAAUAAGUAUUUGCACGGAUGACUUUCAAAUGCCAAACACUCUCCUGUGUAUUCCUGAAUACUACUUGUUGAAUUGAAAAUAUUCUGGUUAUUAAAAUAAUUUAUUCAGAUAAAA